AUGGAGUCCGGCCGCGCAGUGUUCCCGGAGGGGAAGCAAGCCAAGUUUGAAGGCUUGGGGUACUCGCCAGCAGUGGCAUGUGGCCCUUUCCUGUAUGUGGCGGGCCAGGUAGGUGUGGGAGAGACCGGCGUCGUGGUAGAUCCAGAGGCGCAAUUUCGGCUGGCCUUCGAGAAGGUUUUCGCCCUGUGCCGCGAGGCGGGAUUCUCCGUUCCCGGUGACUUGGUGGAGGUCAAGACAUUUCACGUGGACAUGGCGGAGCAUGAGGCGACCUUCUUCAAAGUCAAGAAGGAGUUCUUCCCUGCGCCACCGUAUCCGGCCUUCACGGGAUUGAUUGAGGUCAAGAAGCUUGGUAUGACAGGUCUCGGCCCUGUGUGGUCGCCUGCCACGCCAGACAGCGGGCAUGUCGGCUCAGGAGCGUUUCAAUGGCCAGUGGCUCUAGUGGCCGAGGAUCUGUCCAGCAGUUUGUGGGCGGUGGCCACUCUUGCAGAACUGCCGAAGGUGCUGCCGGCCGCGGCCGCCCUGGCCUCGCAGGUUCGGGCCAAGGCCGCGGAGCUCAGCGCGCAGGACGUGUCGAACUGCCUCUGGGCCGCCGCGCGGCCGCAGGAAAAGGUGCUGGACACUGUGGGCAUGCUGGCAGCGGAGAUUCCUCACAAGGUGGGGCAGAUGACUCCCCAAAGCCUGGCCAGCUGCCUCUGGGCAGCCGCGCGGCUCCGUGGCCCCGCACCCCAGGUGCUUUCAGCUGUGGAGGCCCUGGCGCAGGGCGUUCCGGGACAGGUGGGCAACUUCAGCAGCCAAGACCUGGCAAACUGCCUCUGGGCCUCUGCGCACCUGCGAGCCGCUGCGCCCCAGGUGCUCCAAGCAGUUCCCGCCAUGACUGGGCAUGUGGAGCGAGUAGCUCCCAGGAUGACACCCCAGCAUCUGGCGAAAUGCCUCUGGGCUGCGGCCAACCUCCAAGACUCGUCUCCGAAGGUGCUGCAGAUUGUGGACGUGCUGGCAAAGCGCAUUCCAGAGAAGGUCGCCGAGUUCAACGCCCAGGAGCUAUCGAGCUGCCUCUGGGCAGCUGCAAACCUCCAAGAAGCCGCGCCAGCGGUGCUCGAGGCGGUGCCCGCCCUGGGAGCGGCCGUGUCUGCGCGAGGGCGCGAGAUGAACCCCCAGGACCUAUCGAUCAGCCUUUGGGCGGCAGCAAAUCUCCAGGCCGCUGUGCCCGAGGUGCUCGAGGUGGUGCCGGCCAUCUCGCGUCAAAUUCCUUCCCGGGCGGAGGAGUUCAACUCACAGGAGUUAUCGAACUGCCUCUGGGCGGCCUCGAUCUUGAAGUACGCAACUCCGGAGGUGCUGAAGGCCGUCCCAGCCCUCGCCGAGCAGAUCCCGGAAAAGGUGCACGUCAUGAUCCCACAGGACUUGGCAAACUGCCUGGUGGCCACAGAGUACUUGAAGUAUGCAGCCCCAGAAAUCAUGAAAGCCCUGCCGGCCAUCGAAGAGAACGAUGCGGCCACCCUCGUGAGGCUGCUCUCAGACAUCUGCCGCAGGGAUAUCAGGGUCAAGUAG